CAGACCCUGAUCUGGGAAGAUUGCGCUUCGAUCCGUCGGAUGGAUUACUGCACGUGGGUAGCUCAGAGACGAUUGCUUGUCACCGUGACGUGGAGGACGAGAGUGCCAGUCCGGGUGCAUUCACGUUGGUGGAUGUGCAUUCGCGCACGCAGCUUCUCUCGACUGACUCGAGCGUGCGACCUGUGGUGGUGAAGCCACCGGAAGGAAAGUCGACGUACACGGAAUACGGAUCGACAACGGUGUUGUGCUCGUUUGAAGACGACCGAGGUCGGCGAUUGGAGCGGAAUUUGACUGUCCGCAUCCUACCGGCGGACAUGGUGGGCACGCUGAAUGGAAACGACACGGAUAAUCAGACAGUGUACACGGGUGAUGAUCGUGAGUUGGAGUGCGACUUGGUACCGGCGGAUGCAGCGGAUCGUUUGGACGGUGUGUGGACUGUGCAAGUGUAUGGAGAUUCAGUUCAGGUCGUUUCGGUGCAAAUUGUGGAUGGUCGGGCGAAGGUGAUGCCACCGGAUCCGCCGGGUCGUUACACGAUAACGGGCGAAGUGUUGGUGAAAUGUUUGUUCCAGACACCUGAUGGUGAUCCGCUGUAUGAAUUCAACCGGAGCGUGACGGUGACAGACCCUGAUCUGGGAAGAUUGCGCUUCGAUCCGUCGGAUGGAUUACUGCACGUGGGUAGCUCAGAGACGAUUGCUUGUCACCGUGACGUGGAGGACGAGAGUGCCAGUCCGGGUGCAUUCACGUUGGUGGAUGUGCAUUCGCGCACGCAGCUUCUCUCGACUGACUCGAGCGUGCGACCUGUGGUGGUGAAGCCACCGGAAGGAAAGUCGACGUACACGGAAUACGGAUCGACAACGGUGUUGUGCUCGUUUGAAGACGACCGAGGUCGGCGAUUGGAGCGGAACUUGACUGUCCGCAUCCUACCGGCGCACAUGGUGGGCACGCUGAAUGGAAACGACACGGAUAAUCAGACAGUGCACGCGGGUGAUGAUCGUGAGUUGGAGUGCGACUUGGUACCGGCGGAUGCAGCGGGUCGUUUGGACGGUGUGUGGACGGUGCAAGUGUAUGGGGAUUCAGUUCAGAUCGUCUCGGUGCAAAUUGUGGAUGGUCGGGCGAAGGUGGUGCCACCGGAUCCGCCGGGUCGUUACACGAUAACGGGCGAAGUGUUGGUGAAAUGUUUGUUCCAGACACCUGAUGGUGAUCCGCUGUAUGAAUUCAACCGGAGCGUGACGGUGACAGACCCUGAUCUGGGAAGAUUGCGCUUCGAUCCGUCGGAUGGAUUACUGCACGUGGGUAGCUCAGAGACGAUUGCUUGUCACCGUGACGUGGAGGACGAGAGUGCCAGUCCGGGUGCAUUCACGUUGGUGGAUGUGCAUUCGCGCACGCAGCUUCUCUCGACUGACUCGAGCGUGCGACCUGUGGUGGUGAAGCCACCGGAAGGAAAGUCGACGUACACGGAAUACGGAUCGACAACGGUGUUGUGCUCGUUUGAAGACGACCGAGGUCGGCGAUUGGAGCGGAACUUGACUGUCCGCAUCCUACCGGCGCACAUGGUGGGCACGCUGAAUGGAAACGACACGGAUAAUCAGACAGUGCACGCGGGUGAUGAUCGUGAGUUGGAGUGCGACUUGGUACCGGCGGAUGCAGCGGGUCGUUUGGACGGUGUGUGGACGGUGCAAGUGUAUGGGGAUUCAGUUCAGAUCGUCUCGGUGCAAAUUGUGGAUGGUCGGGCGAAGGUGGUGCCACCGGAUCCGCCGGGUCGUUACACGAUAACGGGCGAAGUGUUGGUGAAAUGUUUGUUCCAGACACCUGAUGGUGAUCCGCUGUAUGAAUUCAACCGGAGCGUGACGGUGACAGACCCUGAUCUGGGAAGAUUGCGCUUCGAUCCGUCGGAUGGAUUACUGCACGUGGGUAGCUCAGAGACGAUUGCUUGUCACCGUGACGUGGAGGACGAGAGUGCCAGUCCGGGUGAAUUCACGUUGGUGGAUGUGCAUUCGCGCACGCAGCUUCUCUCGACUGACUCGAGCGUGCGACCUGUGGUGGUGAAGCCACCGGAAGGAAAGUCGACGUACACGGAAUACGGAUCGACAACGGUGUUGUGCUCGUUUGAAGACGACCGAGGUCGGCGAUUGGAGCGGAAUUUGACUGUCCGCAUCCUACCGGCGGACAUGGUGGGCACGCUGAAUGGAAACGACACGGAUAAUCAGACAGUGUACACGGGUGAUGAUCGUGAGUUGGAGUGCGACUUGGUACCGGCGGAUGCAGCGGAUCGUUUGGACGGUGUGUGGACUGUGCAAGUGUAUGGAGAUUCAGUUCAGGUCGUUUCGGUGCAAAUUGUGGAUGGUCGGGCGAAGGUGAUGCCACCGGAUCCGCCGGGUCGUUACACGAUAACGGGCGAAGUGUUGGUGAAAUGUUUGUUCCAGACACCUGAUGGUGAUCCGCUGUAUGAAUUCAACCGGAGCGUGACGGUGACAGACCCUGAUCUGGGAAGAUUGCGCUUCGAUCCGUCGGAUGGAUUACUGCACGUGGGUAGCUCAGAGACGAUUGCUUGUCACCGUGACGUGGAGGACGAGAGUGCCAGUCCGGGUGAAUUCACGUUGGUGGAUGUGCAUUCGCGCACGCAGCUUCUCUCGACUGACUCGAGCGUGCGACCUGUGGUGGUGAAGCCACCGGAAGGAAAGUCGACGUACACGGAAUACGGAUCGACAACGGUGUUGUGCUCGUUUGAAGACGACCGAGGUCGGCGAUUGGAGCGGAAUUUGACUGUCCGCAUCCUACCGGCGCACAUGGCGGGCACGCUGAAUGGAAACGACACGGAUAAUCAGACAGUGCACGUGGGUGAUGAUCGUGAGUUGGAGUGCGACUUGGUACCGGCGGAUGCAGCGGGUCGUUUGGACGGUGUGUGGACGGUGCAAGUGUAUGGGGAUUCAGUUCAGAUCGUCUCGGUGCAAAUUGUGGAUGGUCGGGCGAAGGUGGUGCCACCGGAUCCGCCGGGUCGUUACACGACAACGGGCGAAGUGUUGGUGAAAUGUUUGUUCCAGACACCUGAUGGUGAUCCGCUGUAUGAAUUCAACCGGAGCGUGACGGUGACAGAUACCGUGACCACCACUACGCCGUCACUCUCCUCCACUGCAUCAGGCUCUGUGGUGAAACCAAAACGAAACCUAUCUGAAUGGCAAACGUUUGAUAUUCCUGAUGAUGUAUUUGUUAACCUGAGCCACAUAAACUUUUACCCUCCUGGAACGUGGAACAACAUUUGGUGGCUUCCUCUGAUGGUGGCUUGGUUUCUCGUCUUACUCGGCACCGCCAUCCUCAUUGGUCAGCUUUGUGGAUUUCGACGCGAUUGGGCUUACUCACGUUUGGAUCUGCAGCACAUGUUACGCAAAGUCGACGCAAAAACAGCGGAUGUGUGGACUCCAAACAAGCCCAUUCCUCCAGCACCAGAAUUGCCUUCCGAUCUCGUGGACAAAAUCUGCCUGCACCGAGAUAUGCUAACCCCGGAAACAUUUCAAACGUUGCAGAAGACUGUGGGAUUGUAUCGCGAUUACGCUAAUCUGGUUUCCUUGUGGAAUAAACUUUGGCUGGCCAAGGACCGGGACGGCCUGAUAACUUCAUCUGAAUUAUUCAUAGACUAUCUUCAAAGGCACAGAAGAGAGGAAGAAUUGACCGAAGGGGAGUUUAUCAGCCAUAUCGAGAGCUGGUAUGCCGACCUGAAAUCCGCGAGGGGCGAAACUACGCGGUCCGAUAGAUGAAGGCACCAGGCCCCAGCCACAUACUCAACAUGGGGACGAAGAUAUGUGUUGAUCAACAGUGGUACUAGCCAACGCUCAAAUGUGCCGAUAGCUCGCCUCAAAAGCCUCAAGUGCAAGUUCACCACAUUCGCCGCCUGCGAGCAUUAGAGCGAAUUGCCAAAACUUUCUUGGACGAUGAUAACUAAAUUUCGUUCCUUAGUCAUCUGUUGCAUUGUACCCAGUUAGAACUAAGAGUCAUC